CGCUCCUUCACGAACAGUCAUAACAAACGAACGAUUGCCGGAGGAGAUUUUUCAACACGAAGUGCUACUAGCCCAGCUCAAAGGACACGUCAACUCAAAAUAUGAAGAGGGCUAAGAGAAGAGGGCUAAGAGAACACGCCAGUGAUCGAUCACUGGUGGGUACUGAUGCAGCGUGCAUGCCACUGCUGUAUUGGACUCAUUCAUAGUCACGAAGCUUCUGUCCGAAGACCAAAAGCGCUCAAAGCCUCGUGUUCUUCGUCCUCUACAGCCAUGUCGAUGCCUCCAUCGACUAGUCCAGACCCCCGCGAAACUCCAAUCUGUUCGUUUUUCGAAAAAGGGCGGUGUCGAUUUGGUCAGAACUGCAAAAAACGCCACAUUUUAAACAUUCAGAGCCCAUCGGUAGCUACCACCCACUUGGCUGAGGCCUCACAGGCUGAUACACCUGCCACUUCGUUGCAGAAUAAGAAGAACGUUCAAUCAGGCAGUUCAGUAGUCGGAGGCACUACGAGUGGUUCUCUGACUCAGGUGAACAAACCCUGCUUUGACUGGCUGCGAGCCGGAUCAUGUCACAGAGGAGACAAGUGUUGGUAUCGCCAUGAUACUGAACGUCAGACCGCCACGACCGCAGAAACGGGCUUUCGGAGAAACAAGGGCGUGAAGCUUGAUGCUACAGCUCAAGGGUCAAGGAAGUCGAAAACCGUACAAAGGAACAGAAAGGAACAACAUCCUCCUAGGGAAGAAGAAGAGAAACUCCCUCAAGAAAGAGAGGAACGUCGUCAAGAGGUUGAGAGACUACACCGAGAAGUCGAGCAGGAAAGGCUGCGGCGGCAGGAAGAAGAGAGGCUGAGGAGAGAGGCUGCGGAGGAAAAGCGUCGCCGCGAGGCAGAGGCUAAACUGGCUGAAAUUGCUCGUCGUCAAGCCGAAAUAGAACGUCGACGGAUCGAAGCAGAACAACUCCGUCGACAAGAGGCAGCUCGUCGGGAAGAAAGAAACCGACUCGAAGAGGCCAAAGUAAUCAAGCAUGUAGUCCUAGGAGCUUUGGUCAGCUUUGGUGCUGGGGCCAAUGUCAACCAGGUCCUCACCGGUUUCGAAUCUUGUCGUGUUCGUAUCAUGGAACUACCUAUUGACGCCAAACCGCGCGAAGUGUCUGGUAUUCUUCGUGAUCAGGGAAUUGAUGAAGACAAGUUCCAUCUCGUCGGUUUCAAGCCGUACAGAGGAAUGAAGGAGGCGAAUUUUAUCGUAGAGGGGGAAUCAGGCAGGUCGCUUGCAUUAGGACUCGAUGGAAUCGAUUUCCGUGGUAAAACACUGAAGAUAGAAGCCAGUGAUACGGGCACUCUCGAUGGAAUGCAUUGCGACGACGCCACACUAUCCGUCUCCUGGCAGAUACCGUCUUCUCGUUUUGUCAUUUCGUACUUCUCUACAGACGACGCUGAUCGCAUGAAAACGGCUCAGGAUGGUCGCACAAUCAGAGGACACAAGAUUAAAGUUACUUUUAAUCGACUUCGCGGAAAUGCAGGCCUUGACCCGUAUUCAUUAUUCGUCACUGCCUUGCCUCAGGAUGUGACAAUGGAUGAAAUUACAACGCUGUUCGAAGCACCAUUGCCACCCCGAGAACUUUUUGGUAAUCGGCGAUAUAACGAACAGCUUGUGGAGCCUUGGUUGAAGCAGCGCGUUCGAGACAUUGUCGGAGAGGAAUCCUUACAAUUCGAGGCACUCAAAACUAAUCUGGUUCAACAUUCUCUUUACAUUCAUUUCAGAUCUUGGGAGGAUGCCAAGAAAGUGCACGACCAUCUGGAAAACAAGAAAUUUGACUGUAUUGGAAACUCGACAUUUCGCAUUUGGCUUCGCGAUCCAUACCAUAUUAUGAUCCCCAAGCAACAGUAUACAGCACAGAAGACACGAUGGGAUGGAUUUGUAGAAGAUACAAAAGAUCAGAAGGAAAGCAAAGUUACCCUGAAAGUGCUAACUGACAAAGUACUUGUCCGCGUAGGCGGAAUGGACAUGAAGGCAGUCGGGAUGCUCAAAGUGAGGGUGGAAAGUUUAGUUGCUGGAGAGGUUUUGAAAGAUAUGUGGCAUACCUGGUUUGGGACGCUGGAGGGGAAGAGGUUUCUGGAGACGGUAUACCGCUCCACGACAGCGUUUAUCAGGCAGGAUUGGAGGCUCAAACAUAUGAAAGCGUUUGGAGACGAGGGUGCGGUCGUACGUGCUCGGGAGAUGUUACGAGAGGAACUUGACCGCCUAUCCGGUCAGGAGUACACGGCGACACUCAAGCAGCAUUGCAUCCGCUACUUUGUUCAGCAUGGGCUGGCGAAAUUGAAGGAGGCUUUCGGUGAGGAUAGCGUGAAAUUGGAUAUUUCGACGUCGCCAUGCCGUGUCACAAUUCGGGGUGGCCCCGAUGCUCACCAUCUACUCAAAACCCUGAUAGAGGAAUCAUUCCUCAAUGUAAGGACAGAUUUCUCUGCGUCGUCAGACUCCACGUGUCCAAUAUGCCUCGGGGAAGUAUCAAACCCAGUCGGACUUUCGUGUGGGCACGAAUACUGCACCGCUUGUAUUCGACACUUCUUCACCGCAGACAUCAACCGAUUCCCUAUCGUUUGCGUCGGAGACGAUGCGAAGUGCAUGAAACCCAUAGCGCUACCCAUGAUCCAAAGAUUCUUGACGGACACCCAGUUCAACGCGUUCUUGGAAACCGCUUUCGUAACUCACGUCGAACAGAAUCCGAAGCUGUUCAGGUACUGCAAAACUCCCGAUUGUACACAGAUAUAUGCUUGCACCCCGAACCCCUUGGUCCGCCAUUGUCCUUCUUGUCUCGUUCCGAUAUGUACCCAAUGUCACGAGGAGGGUCAUGAGGGUAUGACCUGCGAGGAACGGAAAGCGUACACAAACCCUGAAGAGCAAGAACGUCUGAAUAACGAGUGGGCAAACAACGCUGGAGUAAAGAGAUGUCCUCAAUGUCAGGUCUUCAUUGAAAAGGUGACUGGAUGCAAUCACAUGUCUUGUAAAUGUGGUGCACACAUUUGCUGGGUAUGUAUGCGUGUUUUUACGGACGGACACCAGGUGUAUGAGCAUAUGGGAGCAGAACAUGGAGGGUUUUACGAUCGCCAGGAGCCAUUGGUUGCAAAUGAGGACUAUGAGGCUCAGGUUCGUGAGCUGAGGAGGUACGAGAAUGGGGCCGACGGGGUACGCGGGCACAUCUGGGGUGUUCCAGCUGAUUAUGGUCUUCUCCAUCAAGCAGCGCAGGAAGAGAGGAGACUACGUGAGAUUCAAAGAAAUCAUGUGGAGCAGUUGGUCGAAUUGCAGGCUGCACAACGCCGCGAGGAUGCACGACGUGCCGGGUUAGCUCGAUUGGAUCGCGAGAGGAGGCGAGAAGUUGCAGAAGCGCGGCGAGUGAGGCAAGGUCCCUGCGUGGAGGCUUAUAUUGCUGAAAUGAGGCGGCAAGACGAACCGAGGGACAGAGGAUGGUGCACGAUAAUGUGAAUGUGAUGGUCUACUUUAGCACUGUACUGUAUGUAAGUAUAUCUUGUAAAUGUAUAUGUAGUGCCGGGAUUGAAGAGAUAUUAUGAUCACGGAGGAGGACGGGAAUCGGAGACAGGGAUUGGGAUGGCACUUUAAGGCGAGUGUCAACCUGAGAUAGUACCUACAUAUCACACCGAAAUCGAAUUCACUCAAAGACGUCGUGAUAGUGUAUCACCGCC